AUGAAUCGUUCUCUCGCUCUUGCUUCCAAAUUGUUAAAGUCAACGACCUCCUCCCGAUCAUCAUCCUUGAUGAUGAAGGCUUUGAGCACACCUUCUCGGGUGAGAGCUUUCCAUCAAACAGCGAUGAGAAGAGAUGAGGAAGAAACACAAAAAGCUCCUGAGGUAAAGGUGAGACCAGCAUGGAAAGGGUGGGUCGAUGAUGUCCUGAACUUCUUCCACUACCCAAUUAAAUGGAUUCUUGCGUUUGCUGUUAUAAUUUUCCUUUGGACUGCAUCACAACGAGCCGCAGAAAAGAAAGGCAAAAGCCAACAAUAA